AUGAAGACGCUUCUCGUAUUGAUUAUAUUUAUUUCUUCCAUAUACGCAAAUAUCGAAGAGAGUGCUUUAGCUAAUUUACAAAGUUUAGAUCAUUGGAAUACGUUUCGUAUUGCCUUAUCACAUACAUUCGAUGAAUGUUUUUUUCUUGAAACAAAAUUAGACGAUACAGUUCAUGUCAUCUAUCAAGUACUUAAAGGUGGUGAUUCUCUUGUACGAGUCACAAUAACUGAUUCAUUAGGUCGUUUAGCAUAUAAUCAAGUUAAUAGCCAAUUUGGUUGGUAUGAUGAAGAAUAUACAAAAUUUGCAGGAACUUAUCGAAUAUGUUUCAAGAAUGAUCAAUAUUUCACAAAAAAACUUAUUUAUAUAGGUGUACUUGCAAUUCAUAAAGAUCGUAUUCUGGAAGCAACUAUAAACGCAAACAAUGAGAAGAAAGCUAAUGAAACUGCUGUUAUAGAAGACUUUUCUACGAAUGCUAUGCAAUUACUUCGUAAUAUUUCAAGUACACUUUAUCGUCUUACUGCUUAUCAAACAGUAGGACGAAUUCAUCAUACACAUGAUUUAUAUAUAGUUCAAGCUAAUGCAAGUUAUGUACAAAAUUGGGCUUUAUGCCAAAUAAUAACAAUGAUUGUGUGUUCAAUAAUUCAAGUUUUUAGUAUUCGACGAUUAUUUAAAUCAACAGUAUCAAAUAAAACAUCAUUGAAUAGACAAUAUAAUGAAAAUUUUAAUCAACGAACAUCACCACAUUUUAUUCUAGCUACUUAA